GAAAAGAAUACUCAGUUAAUGGGAAAGGCUCAGCAGUUGUUUACUCACUGCCAGGCUCAGAAAGAAGAAAUAAAACGACUGUUCCAGCAGAAGCUAGAUGAGCUGGGUGUUAAGGCACUGACGUACAAUGACCUUAUCCAAGCCCAGAAAGAAAUUUCUGCUCACAACCAGCAGCUGAAAGAGCAGACCAAACAGCUGGAGAAAGAUAAUGGUGAACUCAGGAAUCAGAGUUUACAGCUGCUGAAAGCUAGAUGUGAAGAACUAAAGUUGGAUUGGUCAACACUUUCACUGGAAAACCUUCUCAAAGAAAAGCAAGCAUUAAAAAAUCAGAUUUCUGAGAAGCAAAAGCACUGCUUGGAAUUGCAGAUCAGCAUUGUGGAGCUUGAGAAAAGCCAAAGGCAGCAGGAACUCCUGCAGCUGAAAUCCUACAUGCCCUCUGACGAAUCGCUGCCAGCCCAGCCACGCCACAAAAACCACCUGAACCGGGAGGCAGAGCCUGACCACAACACGCUUCACCUGGAGCUAGAGUGCCCCAAGUUCCCCGUGCCCCAGGUCAAUGGCAUGAGUCCCGAACUGUCCAUAAAUGGCCAUGCCACACCUUACGAAAUUCAUAAUGCACUCAGCCGACCAGCUUCUAAGCAGACGACUCCUCAAUAUCCACCUGCCCACGUGGACCAAGACAUCAUUCCUUGCACCCCGAUCCAUAGCUGCAGACAGAAGCUGGACAAAGGCUCAAACUUAUCCCUGCCAGAUUAUACCAGGUUUUCUCCAGCUAAGAUCGCCCUCCGGAGGCACUUGAACCAAGACCACAUAGGCAGCGGGAAAACAGCACCCAGUGAGAACCAUCAGAGGGCUGAACAUUUAAAAGAAAAUGGCCUUACAUUUCCAAGCCCUUCAGUAUCAAACGGCAUGAAGAUGAGCCCUCUGGAAGCUCGGCCCUCUUCCCCAGCAGUCUUCCCAGCUGGGAAUGAGAAGGCUUUGCGCGAGAGGACGUCUGCGAAUAAUGGGGAGACCAUCACCAGCCUUCCCAUCAGUAUCCCCCUCAGCACAGUGCAGCCCAAUAAACUCCCUGUUAGUAUUCCUUUGGCCAGCGUAGUCCUUCCUAGCCGUGUUGAGAAGGUGAGAAGCACACCUAGCCCUGUCCAUCAGAACCGCGAUUCCUUUUCAACACUUGAAAAACAAUUUGGUGCUAGUUCUCAUAACAGCAUUAGCACUGCUGCUGGUAACAAGCCACUGACCUUGGCUACCUCAGGUUUUUCUUACAUGUCUGGCUCUGCACCAGUUGGCGGGAUUGUUUCAAAUAGCCCCGGCCCAUUGAACCCGGCUUCUGACAGUGUAGCUAUGGAGGAAGUAUCCAGUUCGGGAAGCUUGUUCAACUCCACAGGGUCUCGAAGCUCUACUCCACAGCAUCCUUCCUUGCUUACGUCGUCCUCACGGAAUUCUGGACAAAACUCGCCUGCACACCAGCAUUCCGCGAGCCCUAGGUUGAAUGGCAUCUCCCAGAGCUUGGGAGGGGUACUGCAGUACAUAGACACUCAAAAAAUGUUUGCUGAAAACGCCAGAGGAGAUCCUACCUCCGACCCCGCCUUUUCUGACCCCGAGAGCGAGAGCAAACGAAGGAUCAUCUUCACCAUCUCCCCUGCCACAGGAACUCUCAAACAUUCUCCAUCAAAUAAGCACAGCCCCCUCACCGCAAGCAUCCGGAUGGAUUGUGGCCAGGCAUACAUGCAAGAUGGGAAGAAGCGUGGCCGGAGGAAGCGGUCCUCCACAGGAACGCCAAGUGUGAACUCCGGGGUGUCACCCAAACGCAAAUCAUUGCCCCCAAUGGCUGGGCUCUUUGCUCAGCCUUCUGGAUCACCCCUUAACAUCAACUCCAUGGUCAGCAACAUUAACCAGCCUUUAGAAAUAACAGCCAUUUCUUCCCCCGAAAACUCCCUGAAGAAUUCUCCUGUUCCAUAUCAAGACAAUGAUCAGCCACCUGUGCUGAAAAAGGAGAAGCCUCUAAUUCAGACCAAUGGCAUCCAUUACUCUCCGCUAACCUCUGAUGAGGAACAGAGUCUGGAGGAUGACCAUAACAGCACCAGAAUUGAAAGAAAAAUUGCGACAAUAUCUCUGGAAAGCAAAUCUCCACAAAAGCCGCUGGAAACUAGCAGCAACUCGGCUGGGAGAAAGCAAGCUGCUGAAAGCAUGAACAGCAGCAAGUGGAAGUCAACCUUCUCUCCAAUUUCUGACAUCAACCUUUCCAAAACGGCAGACAGUCCUUUGCAAGCGUCUGCAGCGUCCCUGAGUCAGAACACCCUCUUCGCCUUCAGACCGUCUUCGGAUGACAACCUGGCGGGCGACAAGGCUGGCACGCAUGCGAGGAAGCACAUGGCUGCCUCCGAUGGGCUGGGCCAAAGUGCCAACGCCAUGAACGGGUUUGCUUACAACGGUGGCCUGUCGGCAGAUGUCAAUUUACAUAGCUUUACUGAUGGUGCUUCGUUUUCUCACAAAUCUGCUGACGUGGUGACGGCUCUAGGGGGCUCCUCCCUGGGUUUCCUUGUACAGAGGAGCAAAGAGGCUGGAGUCCCCGAGACAAAUCCGUUCUUGGGCAAGAGGCAGCUAGAGAGCCUUGGCGGUGGGAAAGGGGAAGAUUUAAGCUGGUCGGGACUGAAAGGCAAAGAGGCCAAUGAACUGAGCGUCCGACUGGGAGGUUCUUCAGACAAGGCUUCGGUGCUAAACAACAAAUUCGGCAAAGGACGGGAACGAGACGUGGAAUUCAAGAACGGCCACAACCUGUUCAUUGCUGCUGCUGCUGCCGCUGCCGCUGCUGCUGUCCCCUCUGGUGGCCUUCUCAAUGGCAAAAGCCUCUCCGCAGCCAGCUCUGGCAAGUCGUCCAGCACAGCCCCCUCUUCUCAGACCCACCACCCUUUCUUGAACUCCUUAGCCACCGGCGCGCAGUUCCCCCUUGGCCCCAUGGUAACAAACUCCUCGGUACUGCAGUCCUUAUUUAAUUCGAUGCCAGCCGCCAGCCUAGUGCAUGUAUCAUCAGCUGCCACCCGCCUGACCAACUCACACACGAUGGGGAACUUCUCUCCCGGGAUGACAGGUGGAACAGUUGGAGGUAUUUUUAACCAUGUGGUGCCUUCUGCCUCCUCCUCUUCCUCCUCCACCCCCUCUCCCUCCACCUCCUCCUUUUCAUCCUCCACUCCCUCUCUCCAUUUUGGCAAUGGUGCCGUUUCCAGCUGUACCCUCUUAAGCUUAAAUCCUCUGCAGGUUGCCUCCAGCUCACCAUCAUUCCAUGUGUCCCCCAACCCAGCGCCGUCUAACGACGCCCAGCACCUCACCCGUGCCCCACCACGGGCCACCCUUCGGACUCCGCCUCCUCCUAAUGUUUCAUUGCCACCACCUCCUCCCCUCCUCACUUCUAACUCCGAACCUGUCCUCCUACAGAGUUUGUCAUCUCUGCCAGUCUCAGAGGCUUUCUUGCCGCCAUCUUCCACUGCUAACUCCGCUUUGUCUAUUAAACUAGCUUCUCUUCAGCACAAA